UAAAAAAACAAGUUACGUCUUAAGCUGAACCAGGAAGUAUUAUUCAUGUACCUGUUUUUGUAGUGUUUUGGAAAUUUAAAAUCAAAAUCACACUGACAUAAUUUUGCAUUUAAAAUCGAAACAAGAAGUUUGGUUUUUAAAUUGUCAACAGGAGGAUUUGGAAUAUAUUCCGCACUAAAAUGACAGCAGUUGUGGGCAGAACUGAAGUCGAUGUUGAGGAAUUUGGAAGGGAUAUUAUUGUUCCCGAUGACCCAAAGGCAAGGCUCAUGUACUAUGUGGACAGUAUAUACAACGUUCUGGAUAUGUCUUCUAUACCGAAUAUACAGAAACUCAGGAAGUACAAACAACAUACACAGCUUACUGAUGGUGAGACAAAGGAGUUAAUAGAGAUGUGUAAGAUUUUGUCACCUGCUGCACUGAAUAACAAAGUCAUUUUUCAGGACGACUCGUUGUGUGGCCAUAAUGACAACAAGUUCUUCAAGAUCAACACUGUACAGCAUAACCUGGUUGUGUCAGAGGCCAUCAUUAUUGGUGGCAAGAGAUGUUCAGUUAAAAAGCUGAUGGCGUAUAAAGUGCCAUGGAUACAGUGGAUUUAUGAAGGACCAAUGGAGCAUUUCAAACAGUUGCAGGCCAACGAAGCAUCAAACUGUAACAUCUUGUGAAUUGUAUGGUGUUCUUUAUGGGACUUUGCACUAUGUAUGACCUUUGAAUUUAGAAAAUAUAUAAUAACGGACUUUAAGAUUGUGUAAAAUAAUUAUAGAUUUUAAGCUUUGUAUUUGGAAAUAUGUGCGAGGUUUACAGCAGAAAUAUUGCACGACUUUAGGAGGGCACUAUUAUUCCGCUAAAGAACAAGUGUAUAUUUCUCAGUACAGAGGGGGCAGUCUUUUUGAUACAUAAACAUUUACAAAUAUUAUAAUUAUUUAACUAUU